CUUAAAAACUAAGUAUCCAAUUAUGAACUUGCUCACAAAGGUAGUGCCAAAAUAAUGUGGGAAGUGAUUAUGAAUGUAGAGUAGUACUAGUACUACUGAGUCAGUCAUUGUAGUAGACUCGACAAGUCAAAGUUUAUAUGGACAACUUUUCAAUCAGGCAAUCGUAGAGAAUUGGAGAUAGAUAGACUACCGCAGACUUCAAAGUUCAGAGAGAGAAACAGAGAAAAAGCUUCAAUGGAUUCAAGAUCUAGAGAUUAAGGAAGUUGUCAUCGUAAUUGCUCCGUAUCUCCUUUGGGAAAUGACUUUUGAGGGUAAAUAAUAUAGCUUUUUACUUGGGAACCAAAAUUUCAAUUUGGGGAAAAAAUUGGGGUGUUAAGUUUGAAUUUCUUCAUGCAUUUCUGCAGUAAAUACACCCCUAAAGUUUUGUGAUUGGAAUCAAUUUUCUCGUUUCUUUUAUGGGGUUUUACUUUUAUCUAGAGAUCUGAACUGAGAUUCUUGGUUGUACCCGAAUUUUUUCAAGAAUUAGGGUUUUGGGCAUUUAAUUUGACCCUUUGAUUUUAGUGGGUUAUCUUAGAAUCAUUCAACUUUUGAAGGUUUCUGCUAUUUUUGAUUUAGUUUUAAUUUAUUUUGCCAAUAUUUUGGUCUUUGGCUAUUUGGGUUAGUUUUAAAUGGAUGGAAAUGAAGCAGCUUUGUAUACUGCUGUUAAUGCAAUUCAAGCUUUAGGAAGGGGUUUUGAUGUAAACUUUGAUACUAGGUUGUUGUACUGCAAAGGGAUUGCUGGGUCUAGGAUAUUCCAUAUUGAUGAAGAACCCACUUGGGAUUUAAGGUUGUCUGAUAAUUUGAUUGUUCCUAAUGUUCCUAGGAGUAUCAAUUAUGAAUCUUGCAGGUCUGGUAGAGAAAGUUUUGGGGCUUGCUCAUAUGAUGAGAUGGUGAACCACUUCAAUAAAAAGGCUGAUUUAUCGGCCAACAUUCCUCUUGGUAGCUUCAAUGCCGCAUUUAAUUUUACUGGCUCAAAGCACAUUGAUGCUGCAUCCACCAAAUCUUUAUCAGUGGAUGGGUUUGUCUUCCCACUCGCCAAAAUUCAGCUAUCUAAGUCUGCAUGGGUUCUACAAGAAAAUGUCAUAAAGGCUAUCCCAACUGUUUGGGACCCUCCUUCGUUGGCCAGUUUUAUUGAAAAUUAUGGUACACAUGUUAUUACGUCUGUCACUAUUGGCGGUAAAGAUGUAUUUUAUGUUAAACAACAUCAAUCAUCACCUUUAUCAGCCAUAGAGAUGAAAAUUUAUGUCCAAGAGAUUGGAAAGCAGAGGUUUCUGCAUCUAGACAGUCAACCAAGUUCAGGUCCAAUUAGAGUAAAGGACAAGGUUGGUGAUUCUAGCUUGUUUAACAGCCAAGGAAUAUACCCUCAACCAACAAGUGUUCCGUCCGUCAAUGGAAAAGAAGACAUCACUGUCAUUUUUAGGCGGAGGGGAGGGGAUGAUCUAGAGCAAAGUCACAAACAAUGGGCUAAGACUGUGAAGUCUUCUCCAGACAUUAUUGAUAUGACCUUUGCCCCUAUAACUGAUCUAAUCAAAGAUUCAGCUAGAAAAGAAUAUUUAAGACGAGCAAUUACUCUCUAUCUGGAAUACAAGCCUCCGAUCGAGGAGCUAAGAUAUUUUCUUGAGUUCCAAAUUCCCCGUGUAUGGGCUCCUGUUCACAAUAGGCAUCCUGGCCAUCAACGAAAAGAACCUGUCUGUCCAUCUUUGCAGUUCAGUUUAAUGGGGCAGAAGCUUUACAUCAGCCAAGAACAGGUUUCUGUUGGACGUAAACCUGUAACUGGACUAAGAUUAUUUUUAGAAGGAGUGAAGCAGAAUCGAUUAAGUAUACAUCUUCAGCACUUAGUAUCCCUCCCAAAAAUCCUGAUUCCAUAUUGGGACACUCAUGUGGCAAUUGGUGCACCCAAAUGGUUAGGACCUGAGGAGCAAGAUAGCCGUUGGUUCGAACCUGUGAAAUGGAAGAACUUCUCACAUGUGAGCACCGCCCCGAUUGAGAGCCACGAAACCUUUGCCGGGGAGGUUUCUGGGGUCCACAUUGUCACGGGAGCUCAGCUUGGAGUGUGGGAUUUCGGGUCAAGAAACGUUUUAUACAUGAAGCUCCUUUAUUCGAGGCUUCCAGGAUGCACUAUAAGGAGGUCAUUGUGGGAUCAUACACCAGUAGAAAAACCCAACAAAUCUGGCGGUGCUGAAUGCAGUUCUGGUGACUCAAGUUCUGGCUCGUCAGGAACCGUCAGUGGUAACAAAUUGGUGAAAUUUGUUGACAUGUCGGAAAUGAAGAAAGGGCCUGAAGAUCUUCCGGGUCAUUGGUUGGUAACAGGCGGAAAAUUGGGGAUAGAGAAAGGGAAGAUUAUUUUGAGAGUGAAGUAUUCAUUGUUAAAUUAUUAAUGGAAGGUGUAAGUUUCAUGGUUUUGUGCAUCUAGUUUGAUGUUUUAACUCAGUGAAUUGGUUUAAGUAGUAGUAUAAUUUUCUCUCUGGGGAUGGAUGUGCAUUUUAUAUUUUUUUUUUUCAAUUUUGGUGCUAGUCUUCAUAAUUAUCAUUGUAAAAUUUGUAGAUAAUGCUGAUUUUUGCUUGUAUAACUAUUGACUUUGAUAAAUGUUCCAAAUCUCCCAAAGGACUACACCAAGCCAAUUAUGAAUCA